AUGAUGAAGAGAUUGUUGCUGCUGAGGCUUCAGGAGUCCAGAUUGAUCAACCAGAAGUGCAUGCACCUACUGUGGCCAUUCACACUUCACCAGUUGAGCUCGCACGGCAAGCUCGAUCGGCAGUUGAGCUUCACCUUCCUACCAAAGGUCAAGGAUCAAGGGAAAUUCACUCUCCCUUGCACACUUGGGCAUCUUGAGAUUGACAAUGCCUUAGUGGAUUCUGGAGCAAGCAUCAAUCUGAUCUCUCUCUCCAUGACAGAGAAGCUAGGCAUAGCUGGAGCCUUGCAGCGCCCUACUACUUCAAUCAUGUUUGGAGAUGCAACUUCUAAGUCUCCUCUUGGAGUGUUCAAGAACUAUCUCUUGAAAAUUGGAGAAUGCAUCAUCCAAACUGAUCUCACUGUGAUGGAAAUGGAAGAAGAGAAGGACUUACCUCUGUUAUUGGGAACCCCUUUCCUUAGUACAGUUGGCGCUUCAAUUGACUUUUACAAGCAAGAAGUGAUCCUUCACAAGGUGAAUAGUUUGGUGUCAUAUCGCUUGCAGCCUAGAGGUUCAGACUUUUGUGCAACAAUUGACAGUACCACUCUCAGUUCCAAGAGUCAUGGAGCUACAAAGGUUUUGAAGGAAAGGGUUGACAAUGAACCAAGAAUUGGGAAGGAUAAGGAUGAGAGAGGACCAAGGAUUGAGAAGCCACGUCUUGAGAGGGCUAGAGUUGAGAAACCACGAUCUGAUAGGCCAAGAGCUGAGAGACUUGUUCAAGCCCCUUGUGUGCUUGAUGAAGAGAGCCUUCAAGCUUUGUUUGAUGAGCCACUAGGAAGGGCUCUAAAAGAAGGGGAGGAUGCAGCCUCUAAGGCAAGACCAGGUGAUAAAAGAAAGGAUCCACCAGCUAAGGCCCCUUCAGUCAAGCCAUCUCAGCUCACAAUGACCUUGUUCCCCACCAAGUUGUAA